AUAUCCCACAGUGGCGAGAUAAGACGUCCAGCCUGUGAAUGAGGAUUGGGUAUAUAAAGCUCUCCGUUUAGCAGACACCACCAAGCUUCAGCAAUGGCCUCCCUCUGGAUCCUCGCCUGCUUUGCCUUCGUUGGUGCAGCCUACGGCUGUGGCAUUCCUGCUAUCCCCCCUGUUAUCACUGGCUACUCCAGGAUUGUAAAUGGUGAGGAGGCACGUCCUCACUCCUGGCCCUGGCAGGUGUCUCUGCAGGACUCCACUGGUUUCCACUUCUGUGGUGGCUCCCUCAUCAAUGAGAACUGGGUUGUGACUGCUGCCCACUGCAAUGUAAGGACAUCUCACCGCGUGAUCCUGGGAGAGCAUGAUCGUUCCUCCAACGCUGAGGCCAUUCAGACCAUGACUGUUGGCAAGGUCUUCAAGCACCCUAACUACAACAGCUUCACCAUCAACAAUGACAUCACCCUGAUCAAGCUGGCCUCUCCUGCUCAGAUCGGCACUCACGUGUCUCCUGUGUGCCUUCCUGAAACCAAUGACAACUUCCCUGGUGGCAUGAAGUGUGUGACCACUGGAUGGGGUCUGACCAGGUACAAUGCUCCUGAUACCCCCGCCCUUCUCCAGCAGGCUGCUCUGCCUCUGCUGACCAACGAUGACUGCAAGCGUUAUUGGGGAACUAACAUCACUGAUCUGAUGAUCUGCGCUGGUGCCUCUGGUGUCUCUUCUUGCAUGGGUGAUUCUGGUGGCCCUCUGGUCUGUGAGCAGAAUGGAAUCUGGACUCUGGUUGGUAUUGUGUCAUGGGGAAGCAGCACCUGCUCCACUUCAACCCCUGCCGUGUACGCCCGUGUCACCAUGCUCCGUGCCUGGAUUGACCAGACCAUUGCUGCAAACUAAAGCUGCCAUAACUACUGUCUUUAGUUUAAUAAUUUUCCAUCAUCAAUAAAGAUUUAUGACAUCA